AUGCGGUCCAUGAUACUCGCUGCUUUGGCCCUGGUGGUGGUGUUCGCCGUCUCUGGGGAGGGCACACAGGAGCUGAUCCGGCUCUGCGGGAGUGAAUUUCGCCGGGCGCUCACUCACCAAUGCGGAGCCUCCCGCUGGAGGAGAGGGUUUGGAUCCGAUGCAGCGCUCAGUGCUCUGCUCGGAAGGGAUCAGGAGCCUUUGUUUAUGGACAGUUUGGAUCCCUCGGCGAAAUUGACAUUGGCCGACGAAGAGAAUUUGAGUAACAAGCCAGGUCAACAGGGAGCUACAUUGGAAGCUUUCCAAACUCCAGCUCGAGUAAGACGCCAUAACUUGAACAAACUCGCCGAUCUUUGCUGCAAAACCGGCUGCAACAAGGGACAUCUGAAUGCCGUGUGCUAA